UGUGUUUGUUGUUUGUGCGGAGGAUGAAAAUGGCGGACGAACGAAAAUCAUUGUAGAAGUAUUUUUGAAAAUAUUAGCUUUGUUUUGCAUUAAUAAUUUUCUGGGUAGACUUUUCUUUAGUGCGUGAGGAGUGUUAGAACGAACACGCCUCUUGACAGCGAAGCAUAUGUUGCAAGCGGAUUGUCAUUUUUCUUAUACAUGCUUGUGGAGCGACACUCGGGAGACGAACUGUCAUCUCUACAGAAGUGAAGUUGUAUUGGUAACACCUCCGACAAAAGCCUGGCUCUGACGGAGGGCAUAUGGCAAUUUUCUCCAAUGUUUCCUUGUGCCUGGACAGUGUUGACUAUAGAAGAAAUGGUUCCGUAGUCAAUAACAACUAAGUAUUUUGAGUAUUAUUUCAAUUCCCCUCUACCACCAUACCUCACCUUCACUCCCGGGACUCUAAAUGUUCUUCAGAUUGGACCAUCAUACAGGUUUACUGUAACUCAACAUGAGUGGAACAGGGGACAAUGCCCAUGACAUCAUGACCUCAGAGUCCCGCAGGAGGAAAGGUUCGCCUUGUAACACCUCAGGACAAAUUGCAGAAAAACGAAGGAGGGAGCAGGAGAGCCGUUAUGUUGAGGAGCUGGUUGAACUCCUCUCUGCAAAUAUUGCUGACAUUGACAGGCUGAAUGUCAAACCAGAUAAGUGCAGAAUCUUAAAGAGCACACUACACCAGGUUCAGCAGAUGAAGAGGCGAGAACAAGAGAAAGCUGCUGCCAUUACUUGUAAGGAUACUGAUGUUCAGAAGCCUGAUAUCUCAUCCAGUAGCCAGGACAUGAUUGAUAAGCUGUCUGUUGGUCCAGUGUUACUGGAGGCACUAGAUGGUUUUUUCUUUGUUGUCAAUGGUGAGGGACGAAUUGUUUUUGUCUCAGAAAAUGUGACAAAUUAUCUUGGCUACCGUCAGGAAGAGCUGAUGAACUCCAGUGUUUACAGCAUGCUGCAUGUGGGAGAUCACAGCGAAUUUGUAAGAAAACUCCUCCCUAAGAGCUUAGUGAACGGUGUUCCCAAAAAUAGCCAUUAUUUCAGUUGCCGAAUGUUGGUACGGCCUCCAGAUGAGGCUGACUCUGAAAAUCAGGAGGCUCGUCAGAGAUAUGAAAUCAUGCAGUGCUUUACUGCAUCCCAGCCGAAGCCUGUCAGAGAAGAGGAUGAGGACCUGGACUCUUGCCUCAUCUGUAUUGCUUGUCGUGUGCCUCAGAGAUCUGAGUCUUUUGUCACUAAACAAGACCCAACAGGGAAAAUUAUUUCCAUUGAGACAACUGCACUACGAGCCACUGGACGUGUUGGCUGGGAAGACCUUGUCAGAAAAUGUAUAUACGCCUUCUUCCAGCCUCAGGGCAAGGAACCAUCUUACGCCAAGCAACUUUUGCAAGAAGUAAUGACCCAUGGUACAGCCAGCAGUCCAAUCUACAGGUUCUCACUGAGUGAUGGCACUCUUUUAAGUGCUCAGACUCGGUGUAAAUUAUACUGCCCUUCCAAGCUAGAUGCACAGCCUUUUAUCAUGGGCGUUCACACUAUCCACAGGGAACACAGCACUCUUAAUACUCAGGAAAACACUAAUAUGUGCCUCCCACCCAUGCAUGAGAAAAGUUCCCUAGCUCAAAACCAGCCUUCUCCAACCCAUACUACUCAUUCCAAUGUCAGUUAUGUACAGCCAGGAAGUGAAACCAGCCAUAUAUCAGACUCAAGCCUGCACACCAGCAAUUGUAACAACAAUGGAAUCAAUGGUGGAUCAGGUACCUCCACCAAUCCUUCAGGAAACUACGUCUCUCCAGUGACAAAUCGGGUUGUUAACCCACCAAUGAACAGCCCUUCUCCUCUGGGAAGUCCUUUAACAGCAACCUCAUCUCCUUUCAUGUCACCUCGACCACCCCGUGGAAGUCCUGGACUUGUACCUGGAAACCCUUUUUCUCCCUAUACAUCUAACAUGCACUCUCCUGUGAGUAUUGUGUGCAGCCCUAGUGCUAGCAGUGGAGGAAACACCAUCACUAGACAGCAUUCAGGCCAACUUGGGCCUUUAGGAGAAGUAACCGGCUCACCUCUCAGUUUAUCACUACAUUCAGCAACUCUGCAAAGGCAAAACCAGACAUCAGUGGGUACCCCAGUUCACAGUUCCCCUGGGCACAUUACCCUUACACUGAAUAAAUUAACAGAAGUCCCAUCAACAUCUUUGUCUGAAUUGGAGUGUACUGUGGAUGGAAGGAGUAAAACUCCCCAACCUUUCAGUAGCUCUAAGUUUUCACAGCUACCAGAGAACAGUGACAGAGGCCAAGAAGCAGAUUCACAAAAAGGACUAGAGUUGCAGAGUGCUGCUAGCAAAUCCUCUCCUGCCCAUUGUCCAGCCUCGCACAGUUCCCUUACAGAACGCCAUAAAAUCCUGCAUCGUUUGCUGCAAGAAAGCAGCCCUACAGAGUCAGUAAAUCAACUGCAUUCUGUAGAAGAUGAAGCCAACAGUAAGGAUUCAGGAGCGCCAAUAAAGCAGGAAUUGGCAAACUGUCACCAUAACAGCAAAGAAGGGCAUAACCAUCAGCUACUACGAUACCUUCUUGAUAAAGAUGAUGAUGAUGAUGAUGAAUUGGACAGCUUGACUUCUUCAGAACUAUCCAGCAGAAUUGCACCUCCAUCUCGCACUGAUUCAACUUCUCCAAGUAAGAUGGUCAAGGAAGAAACAAAAAGGGAACCUAGUCAUCAGCAUGCAGGUCAAAUGGAUGCAUUGAAUUCCUUUCUGCCAGCUUUGGAUGGUACAAGGACAUCAUUACCAAGAAGACAGUCUACUUCUCAGUCAGCUGACAGAGACAUUCCUGAAGGUGUCAGUAUAAAGCAAGAGUCACAAAUAAAUAGUGUGAGCAAUCAAAGCAAUUCUAACAUUUUCAGCAUGAGCCCUGAUACAAAAAAUCAUUCCCCUUUUGAAAUCUGUAGCUCUCCAGGGCAAACAAAGAUUCAAGCAGACAUGUUUCAACAUUUGAACAACAGCAGCCAAUUUGCGAGGCUGAUAAACUCUUUCUCAAUUAAAGGAGAGGUGUUAAAAGAUCAGCAGUUUUCUGCGGACACAAUGCCUUUUGAAACAAACAUAACCACAAUUUCUCAAGAUAAUAUUAGUAUUUCUAAAGAAUUUUGCCAUACAUCUCCCCUGGAUGAACUGCUUUGUCCCCCUACCACCCCUGAAGGCAGAAAUGAUGAAAAGGCUCUCCUUGAAGAACUUGUAUCUUUUCUCAGUGGGACAGAUGAGAGUGAGCUAGAAGAACUGGAUAGAGCUUUAGGGAUAGACAAGCUUGUUCAGGGUGGCUGUAUAAGCUCAGUGCCAGAUCAUUUGCCAUCUCAGCUCACUUCUUCAGUCCCUGUACUCAUUGAUUCAAAGCCCACAAGUUAUCCUACACAGUUUCAUACUGGGUCUCCCCAAUUCGCUUCUGAUCUAAGUCAACAACAGAGUGCUGGUUUUGGGACUCCAAGGGCAGGUAUGCUUGGGACAGUUGGAAUACCUCCACGACCUGUCAUCGCCAGAGCGCCUGGUAUGCCUAAUCAGCUUCGGCUUCAGCUCCAACAAAGGAUCCAGGGACAGCAGCAGCUGAUGCAUCAAAACAGGCAGGCAUUAAUGAGUUCAUUUGUUGGACCAGCUAUGGAAGGGCGCCAAGGAAUGCAACCACAGUUAACUACACGUCCGCCCAUUAAUGCCCAAAUGCUGGCACAACGACAGCGGGAGCUGUAUAGUUUCCAACACAGACAACGGCAGCUUUUGCAACAGAAAGCAUUGUCUGUACGACAGGAGGUUCUGAACAGCAGUCCACUGCAAGCCCCGGGAUCAUUAAACAAUCCCAUUGGAAUCGGGCAGCUACCCAGGGUUGCACUGAAGCAGAUUCAACAACCAACUCCACCACCGCCACCACAUCAACAACUUCCCUCAGGUUAUAAUACUGGCCUUGGUAACCCACAGGGCUCACCCAACAUAUUCUCACAAAUGGGAGGUUCUCUGGAAUCCCCACUUUCAAUUCGGGCACCCAUGGCUAACAGGAACAUGAUGGGAAAUGUAACAGGGCAACUUGGAAACACAGUGCAACAGAACCUUUUCCAACAGUUUGGAGGAAAUGGAAUUACUCAGCAAGAUGAACCUCCUUUUCCACCUUCAGUCAGCCCAAACAGCCCCUUGCUGUCAUCUCAUCUUUCUUCUGCACAGAAUUCCCUCCUUCAGCAAACGCAGGUUUCUUCUGGUUAUCAGACACCUGACCUAAAAAACUGGCAGCAUGGCCACAUGGAUAACAAUAUAUUUCACCAAGCUGUGCAGAACCCAUCCAAUACUUUCCAACAACCUGGCGUAUAUAAUAACAUGAGCAUUACCGUUUCAAUGGCUGGAGGUUCCACAAAUGUCGGUUCAAUGCCACCAAUGGUGACAGCGGUUGGGAUGGGUAAUGGAACCAUGGCAGCUGUGAGUCCAAUGUGUAAUGAUCAGGUACAACAGGUUCAAGUAUUUGCAGAUGUCCAAUGCACUGUCAACUUGGUUGGUAGCGAUCCCUACAUGAACCAGUCUGGAGCUAUUGGUGUGCAGAAAGGUGCUACAGGUACACAAACUCCACAAUCACAGCAAAAGAGCCUCCUUCAACAGCUGCUAACUGAAUAAACCUCUGGAGGGGCUUGGACUUUUCACAUGCAGAAAUAUUUAUAUUUUUCACAGUUUUUAUUAUAAUUUCCUCAAGAGUUCAUGGAUUGUUUGUUGUGUUUUGCCAGAAAGAGUUAGCACAUGCUUCUUACUGGAGUCAUGGAAUGUUUGGCCUUUUUAUGGACUUUGUAGAUUCAUUUUUCUUGUUUGGGCACUUUGAGAGUAUUGGUACUUUCUGGACAUAUUGAAGAUGUGAUGAGACUGGACACUGUUUGUGCUGCUUUUUUUUUUUUGCUUUUUUUUUUUUUUUUUUUUUUUUUUAUAAAGGAGAACUCAGUUUCAGCUGGAUCUGUCACUGAUGGGAUGUCUGCAGCAGUUCCUGGCAGAGAGAAGAUUUACAGUCUUUAUGUUUUGUGCCUAAGGACAGGAAUGUGGAACAAACUAUAGACACAUCACUUAAUUUUCUGCAGGUUCCCUCUGGGCAUUUUUGUUUAUGUUUUAAUAUAUAAAUAUGUAGUGUAAUUGUGAUAUGUUUUGACAAAUUUUAUCUCCUUUUCUAGCAGCUGUGAAUUUACUGAGCCACAAAAGCGCUCCUAACCUGACAGUGUUUUUCAGUUUGUACAGUUGUACAAUGCGCAACAUUUACUACAAGCAGAUUUAACCUAAACCCAGCCAAGACCAUUGUGCAGAAUAUCUCAAAUUUGAUACUUCGUUUAGAGUUGAUUUCAUUGGGGAAUGACUUUGUUAAAAAUUAAGAAGCAAUAAUUAUGGUGACCCUAUUAUUUUAUAUAAGAUUUAUUCUGAUUCAAAUAUAUACAAAAUCAAAUUACUAAAAUCCUUCAGCUUUAUUGUGGUAAUCAAAUAGCUCUGUUUAAAGAAAGAUGGCAUAUAAAAGUAAAAUAUAUGGUCCAAAUAGCUUAUUUUCUCAAAAAUUUAACUGUAUAUAUGCAGAUUAUUUUGUGUUUGUGUAUGCAAAGUGUAAAAACAAAAAUAAUAAUCAAAUUUCCUUUUAAGUUCCCUGUUCAAUUCUGGUGAGGGUUGAGUUGACCGUAGAAUGUGUGUAAGGAGGUAUGAUAUCCUGAUUGCUGAAUGUUAUUUCCAGAGUUUAUAAGUGAGAUCUAAAAAGAAAAAAAUAUAUAUAUAUAUAUAUAAACUGCUGCCAUUAGUAAAAUUGAACUGGUUAAAAAAUGACAGCUAAAUGUAAUGCAAAUUUGUAGGCUUAUCUAAAUUCCAUUUUCUUCUUUUUUAAGAUGAUUAAAAUUGAUAUUUUUCAGCAUCU